UUUUCUAAAUCGAUACAAUCUGCUGCUCAGAAGACACAAACAGAAGCUCAUACCUGGCUGCGUUGUCGAAAUUAAACCCCGCUGCAGGAGUUUCGAAGACAUUUGAUAGCGCCAUAGUGGAUACUGGACUGCGGCUUCUCUGCGCGUCUCAAUGCGCCUGAGGUCGCUGUUCUGAGCGUCACCUCUCCUUCUUCUCUUUCGAUUUUGCAGUGAAAAUGGAGAAACGCAGCGCGGACUCACAAGUCAAAGGAGUCAGCACAGGGACCACCAUCCUGGCUGCCACUUUUGAAGGAGGGGUCGUGAUUGGUUCAGAUUCCAGGGCUUCCAUUGGAGGGGAAUAUGUAUCAUCUAAGACCAUCAACAAGGUGAUUCAGGUUCAUGACCAGAUCUUCUGCUGCAUGGCUGGCUCGCUCGCAGAUGCUCAGGCCGUCACCAAGGCUGCAAAGUUCCACCUGUCCUUACACAGUGUCCAGAUGGAGACCCCUCCACUGGUGAUAGCAGCGGCAUCGGUGCUGCAAGAAAUGUGCUACAAAAACAGAGAGGAGCUGCAGGCCGGCUUCAUCACAGCAGGCUGGGACAGCAAGAAGGGACCACAGGUGUACGUGGUGUCUCUAGGGGGGAUGUUAAUCGGUCAGCCGGUGACCAUCGGAGGCUCAGGCAGCACCUACAUCUACGGCUACGUUGAUGCCAAAUACAAACCCAACAUGAGCAGAGACGAAUGCCUACAGUUUGCCACUAAUGCUCUAGCUCUCGCCAUGGGCAGAGACAACGUCAGCGGAGGCGUGGCUCACCUGGUGGUGAUCACGGAAACUGGGGUGGAGCACGUGGUUGUCCCCGGUAACAAGCUGCCCAAGUUCCACAAUGAGUGACAGCCUUCGACAACCAAUGCAAUCUUGACUUUUUCUUUUUUUUUUGGCUUUAUGUAAGCAAUUGUUUGAAAUUCCUGAGCAACAAUCUCAUCAGCAAUGUUCUUUAUAGGAUUAGGAUGUAACACAUUCUACACACACACACACCUGAAGAACAAGACACAUGAAACAACUUAUGAAUGUGGAAACAGUGGUGUAAAAUCAGUUUUGUUAUUAUGGUAACCUGCAGACUAGUUUAUACAAAAUAUAUACCAAACUACAACAUUCUACUUACAUCUCUUAUAAUGCCAUUAUAGAUACAGCUCUAUCUGCCUGUCUGUUUGGAAACAUUUUAAAUAUAAAUAAACAUCUUCCGAAACCCCA